UACGGGAAUUCAUGCUACUUCAUCUACUGCUCACUCUCACUCGAAGUAGAUACGUAAAAGAAAUAGUUAUAACAGAACCGGUACAGAGUGUAGAUGCCUCUUAGGCCAGUCAUUUUACAAUCGUAAACUUUACAAUCAGAUAAUAAUUCAAGUAUACACAGACAUGCAUUUUUUGAUAGAUCUAAUAUUCUUCCUUUUCAAAAUCCUUUAUCGAAUAUGUGAGAAUGCGUGCAACAAACUUUGCAGUUUCUUCGUCUCAGAGAAACAUGUGCACGAUGAGAUUGUUUUGAUUACAGGUGCGGGUCAUGGUAUAGGAAGAGAGUUGGCAUUUCAAUAUGCACGUCUGGGUGCAACAGUGGUGUGUUUAGACAUAAAUCAGCAAAUGAACGAAAAUAGCUCUAACGAAAUUGCAAAAACUAUAGGAAGACCAGUAUACGCGUAUCAGUGUGACGUAACCGACAAUGCACGAGUUCGCGAGGUAGCCGAAAAAAUAAAGAAAGAAGUCGGUGACAUAACUAUUUUAAUCAAUAACGCUGGCAUAAUGCCCUGUUAUAAUUUUUUGAAUCUAACACCCGAUCAAAUCACAAGUCAGUUCAACGUUAAUGUGCUAUCACACUUCUGGACAAUACAAGCAUUUUUACCCGGCAUGAUCGAAAGGAACUACGGUCAUAUUGUUGCUAUAUCCUCGAUAGCCGGACUCGCAGGAGUGCCUCAUUUGACCGCUUAUUCCGCUACGAAAUUUGCUGUCAAAGGUUUUAUGGAAUCGCUUGAGGAAGAAUUACGAAUAUCUAGUAACGGAAAAUCUUUGAUUAAAUUCACUACAAUUUAUCCUUCCAUAGUAAAUACCGGACUCUGCAAAAAGCCAAAAAUAAAAUAUCCUUUAUUUAUGGGACUAAUUUCUCCAAAAGAUGCGGCCGCUAUAAUAAUUAGCGCACAACGGCAAAAAAUAAACGAAAGAUCCAUACCUUCAUAUUGGAAACCACUUGUCGAUACGUUCAAAAUUUUUCCCAAACGCAUAUGUGAAGAUUUAAGGGAUUUCUUAGAUUUUGGCCUUGAACCAGAAUACUAAGAAAUAUUUAGUCAAGAUUUGGAAGAGAUUCGUGGAAAGGGAAAUCUUGUCGUACAAUUAUUUAUAUUUCCUUUUGUAGUUUUCUUAACAACAUUAAUAGCGUUAGAGAUGGACCAAUAAAUGUAAUUUCAUUUACUUUGAAAGUAUAAUCUGAAGU